UGUAGUUGAGCUCACUCUCACACAUUUGGCUUUGUUCUCCAGAGAGCUCCUUGCCAGCUAAUAAUGGCUGGUAGUUUUUUCUAGGCUCAGGAGUCACCUGAGGGAUUCCACCAAGACAAAGCUAUAAAAGCAGUAACGUUGAACACGUUCUCCCUGGAGCCUGUUCCUUCACAGUCACCAAGCGUCCACAUCAAACCAGAGGCUGCCAUCAUGACAAAGGACCAGAAUGGAACCUGGGAAAUGGAGAGUAAUGAGAACUUUGAAGGCUACAUGAAGGCCCUAGAUAUUGAUUUUGCCACCCGCAAGAUCGCAGUGCGUCUGACUCAGACGAAGAUCAUCACUCAGGACGGUGAUAACUUCAAGACGAAAACCAACAGCACGUUCCGCAACUACGACCUGGAUUUCACCGUCGGGGUGGAGUUCGACGAACACACAAAGGGCCUAGACGGCCGGCAUGUCAAGACCCUCGUCACCUGGGAAGGCAACACCCUCGUGUGUGUGCAGAAAGGAGAGAAGGAGAACCGUGGCUGGAAGCAGUGGGUGGAGGGAGAUAAACUGUACUUGGAGCUGACCUGCGGUGACCAAGUGUGUCGGCAAGUGUUCAAAAAGAAGUGAUGGGCAUGAGGAAGCCUGGAACACAUGCAGAAUUCUCCGCCAGCUAGGGAAAGCAGCAUGGGGAUUCUCCAGUUCCUGAUAGAGCCCCUUAUAUCACCUGUCUGGGUUAAAACUGGAGUGUAUAAAAGGAACCUACCCCCUACCUUGGAACCUGUUAUUAAAAAAAGAAACAAAAUGUCCUCUCA